UAGAAAUUAUGUCGGUACUCUAUCUACGACAACACUUCAUAUAUUUAGUAUAAAUCAUGAGUUUUAUUUGGGACUGGUUGUCUGGUUCUAUGUCAAAGGUUCUGAGUUAUCUCGGCUUAUGGCAAAAAAACGGAAAGCUGGUAUUUUUAGGGCUAGAUAAUGCUGGGAAGACAACAUUACUGCAUCGUCUGAAAGAUGAUCGCAUGGCUCAACAUGUUCCAACACUUCAUCCAACUUCUGAAGAAUUGUCGAUCGGUGGGAUGAGAUUUACGACAUUUGAUCUUGGUGGGCAUGAACAAGCAAGGCGCGUUUGGAAAAAUUACAUCCCAGCUGUUGAUGGCCUUGUCUUUAUGGUAGAUGCAUACGAUCGUAACAGGUUAGUUACUGGGAUUAUUUCCAUGUACAUACUAAAGAUUCUUGGAGUCAAAGAAGGAGUUGGACAAUCUCCUGCAGGAUGAGCAGAUAGCUCACGCUCCUAUUUUAAUACUCGGAAACAAAAUAGAUAAACCCGGUGCAGCUAGUGAGGAAGAAUUGCGGUAUUUCUUGGGGUUACAGGGAAUCACAACAGGAAAGGGUACCAUUAAUAAAAGUCAAAUACCUACUGGAGACCUAUUGAACUGUUCAUGUGCAGUAUAUUAAAACGGCAAGGGUAUGGUGAAGCGUUUAAUUGGCUUGCUCAAUAUCUUGAUUAAAUACUUAUUAUUCAUGUAAUUUAUUUUAUAUUAAUAAAAAAUGCAACUCAUUUAAUAAUCUUAAGACUGUAGAUAAACUGUGAUUACAGACUGUUUCAGCAUCCACUUAAUCCAUUUUUCGGAUCAAUAUCCAAAUUUUGACUGACCGUUGUGUAUAG